AUGUGGUUUAUGAGUUUGGAUAUGGCUAGUGGCUUUUGGGCGGUUAAGAUGUCUGAAAGAGCAAAGCUGAUAUCGGCGUUCGUCUGUCCAUUUGGACACUUCCAAUGGACUCGCAUGCCAUUCGGACUCAAGAAUGCGCCGUUGAUAUAUCAGUCGGUUAUCAACAAUUGUCUAUUGCCUCCGGAAGAAGAAGCGGAGGUCGAUCAAGAUGUUUUGGACUUUCUAGGUCUGGACCCUACAGAUAACCAAGGAUCUGAAAGUGGCGGUCUAAAAGACGAGGUGAAGGGACUCGCAGACUCCAUGACCAUUUUCCAAAGGAAUAUUCCCAUGCCUUCACACAUUGGUCCAGUGCUGGGACACAGUACUUACAUUGACGGUAUAGCCCAUGCAUGGCAAGGAAACAUGAGAUCAACUCUGUGA